GGUUAAUUUACGAAAGGUGAAAGCAGUGUGAGUAAUUCCAACCGCGUGCACCAACAAAUUGGUUUCAGUCGUUGUGGGAUACUUAAACAAGAAACAAGGAGAAAGAGGAAAAACGGAAUAAAAUGAAAACUAUUUUGUUUUCGAGUUUUCUGAUAUCAGUUUUGUUUCCUAUAAUUAGAAGUAGUCCCUUGGUCAGAUCAGCACCAGAAGUGUGCCCCCUCAAAGAUGGAAAUAUUCUCAACGUAAAACUCUUUAUCAAAGACGAUAUUGAGUGCAGUCGAUUGUGUCAAGGAGAUCCGUCCUGCAACUAUUAUAAGUUCUACGCUAGUCUCGACGGAAAACCCCCGCAGUGCUUCUUCUUCGAAACCUGUGGAAAAACGGUGUAUGAAGCAGCUCCGGAGUGUGUCCUGAGUAAGGAGAACUGCUUGGGAAUCCGUCCCUUCGUCUCCGGGAAGGAUAAGUGUAUGGAAGCUUGUCAGAACCAUCGUCAAUGUGGAUACUAUAAAUAUGUUCCAGGAGAACUAGAGAUAAAUGAAGAAGAAGAGGGUUCAGGAGAUAUUAUCCCUAAAGGAAGGCAGAUUCCUAUUGCCCGACUAGCAGACGCGGAUACUCCCCAGUUCUGCUACCUGCUCAGCUCCUGCUCUAAGAGGAUGAUAGAGAACGUGUUGUGCACUAUCGGAGCAAACAAUUUCCUAGACGUCAAGCUUUUUGUCCCAAGCUUAGCUGCAUGUCAACUGCAUUGCGAUCAAACCGACGAUUGUAGGUACUACUAUUGGUAUCCUAUCGACUACUCCGCUGCUCCUCUCUACUGCUAUCUCUUCCGCUCAUGCGCAGUCAAUGACGACGAACCGGAAGUCGCAUUUGUGGUUGGAGGUCGACAUCCGGGACAUUACUUUAUCGACAGCGACAACUUUAACGACGUUGUCACCAGAACGGAUGUUUGUCCUGUGAGAAUAAGUCCUGCUGAUGCUAGAGUUAAAAGAGCCGGAGCAUCUGCAAUCUACAUCAAAGGAUCUGUCCUGCUCUGUGGAGGACGGAGCGGAGAAGUAACCUUCUCCGAUUGUCUCAGCUACGACCUGGAGACAGAAAUCUGGAGCGAUCACAGCACACUUCGCCGACCUAGAGACGAAUCCGCGAUGGCAAAGAUCGGAGGUCAGGUUCUCCUGAUUGGAGGUCUAUAUGAGUCCUCGGUUGAGGUUUGGGAUGCACAGGAGAGUGUCUGGAAAGCUGGUUCCGAGCUCCCAAAUGUGAUUGCACGUGGCUGUGCCGUGAGCAACGGAGAAAUGGUGAUUUUAACGGGCGGACACACAAACACCUCCACGGAAUCCCUGGCAACAACCCUGAUGCUCUCAACGGAGACCGGAGGCUGGACGGAGAUCAAGAGUAUGAUGGUACCAAGGAGGGAUCACGCCUGUAUCUUCAUGGAACUGGAGAGAACCACGGGGGUUCUUGUCUCCGGAGGUUUGGGUGAGAACGACGAGGUUCUGGAUAGUGCUGAAUUUCUGAACCUGGACACUAAGGAGUGGACGAAGGUUUCCCCUCUCAAGAUUCCUAGGACAGAACACACCAUGAGCUUGGUCUACGGGAUACCAACCGUUAUAGGUGGAGUAAAUGGAGAUGAGUUCCUCUCAAGCAUGGAACAGUUUGACAAGAGUGGACAAAGUUGGAACGUUCCAUUACAACGUGAUUGGAGGAUUAUCAACCAUGUUCUCAACGUUCCAAGAUACGAGCAUGCGGUAGCAAGUGUUCCAAUAAGCAAGAUGAACACCGAGUGUGACGCGGAAAUGAACAUCAUCGUCUGAGGAACUUGGGGACACACUGCCCCCUGCUACUGGUCAAACAACAACAACAUCAAAAUAAA